GCCGGAAGCAUCCAGCUGUCAGUUUUGUAACAACAAUGUACCGCUGCACUUUGCAUGGAGCCGAGCAUAACGGGACAAGUUGCGCAGAGUAAUUUUAUCCAUUGCUCUGUGGUGAUCGCUGUGUUUAGAGAACAUCAUGGAGCCGUCACAGUCCGGGGUAGUGGAUGCUGCUGUUCCGAGUCCGAAACCCGAGCUAUCUGCAGCGAUGCGGGCUAAAAUCGAGAGGAACCGGCAGCGGGCGUUGAUGCUCCGACAAGCCCGUCUUGCCAGUCGUCCUUUGUCCGCUGUGGAGGGCGCAACUGCGGCGAAAGUUUCCAAGACCAUCGACUCCGGCGCUGGGUUCUUCAUUGAGGAGGAAGACGACUUAGACGGAGAGCAAAAGAUCAAGAAAGUGGUGCAUCAGCCGGCUCCGGUGAUUGAACCAGAGUACCUGCUGUGUGAUGAAUGUCAGAAACCCUUUAUGGAUUCCUACCUCAGCAACAACUUUGACCUGCCUGUGUGCGACAAGUGCAGGGACAACGAGGAAAAGCACAAGCUGAUCUCCAGAACUGAGGCUAAGCAGCGCUACCUCCUGAAGGACUGUGACCUGGACAAGAGGGAGCCUCCUCUCAGGUUUAUACUGAAGAAAAACCCUCAUAACUCACGCUGGGGAGAUAUGAAGCUCUACCUACAGCUGCAGGUGGAGAAGAGAUGUAUGGAGGUAUGGGGCUCAGAGGAAGCUCUAGAGGAAGCGAGAGAGACGAGAGAAGAGAAUAGAGAGGUGCAGAAACAAAAACGCUUCAACAAGAAGGUCAAAGAGCUACGCAGAGCAGUAAGGAGCAGUAUGUGGACCAAAACCACCACCACUCACCAGCACGAGUACGGGCCAGAGGAGGUUGUAGAUGAAGAGGAAGACCUCUACAAGAAAACCUGCAUCACCUGUGGACACGAACUUAGCUAUGAGAAAAUGUAAAGACUCACAUAUACAGACUGUUAAACUGAUGUUUAGUGCAUCAACAGGAACCACAAAUUUCCAAUGUACCAGUAGUUUGGCUUUUUUUUUUUUUUUUAAACUAACAGGCCAUCUAAAUCACAUAGGGGCCAAAAUCUCCACUAACAAUUAGCAAUAAUUUAUUCUUGAAUGGCUGUUACUUAUACCUUGGGUUAAUUCAUGACUCAUUUGUAUUUUUAGCAGUACCUUUGUACAUUGCUUUUCAUUGUUCUGUAUCACAUCUCUUAAAAUUUGGCAAAUCAAGGAAAGCAUGAUAUAGAAAAAACAUUUUGCAUGAAAUGACAAAUAGAAAUUAUAGAAAACUCGGCACUUUCUAAAAGGGCUUUCUAGAAGGCCGAUUUAAAAAAAAAAAAAA